AUGAGUAUGAAGUCGGUGCAGAAAUUACAUCCAGUCAUGUUCGCUGGUACAGGUAGUGAUGUAGGGAAAAGUGUCAUCGUGACAGGUUUCUGUCGAAUUUUUCUACAAGAUGGACACCAUCCUGCACCGUUCAAAGCACAGAACAUGUCCCUCAACUCUUUCGCCACUCCCGAUGGCAUGGAAAUCGGACGUGCACAAGCUGUACAAGCUGAAGCUGCCGGAAUACCUUGUCAUACCGAUAUGAAUCCUCUUCUAUUGAAACCAACAUCCGAUCAAAGCUCACAAGUUGUUCUGAAUGGAAAACCUAUCGGUAGUCAGACUGCGAGAGAAUAUUUUCGGAAAGAAGGCCGAGAUGUUCUACGUCAAGAGGUGCACAAUGCUUUCGAUCGACUAGAAAAACAGUACAAUCCGAUUGUAUUGGAAGGAGCUGGUAGUGUGUCUGAAAUAAAUCUCCGUGAACUUGAUCUGGUCAAUUUACCCAUGGCUAUUCAUGCUCGAGCUGACGUGAUUCUCGUUGCUGAUAUCGAUCGAGGAGGUGUAUUCGCUAGUGUCUAUGGCUCAAUUCUGCUGAUGACAGAAGAAGAACGCAAGCACACGAAAGGAAUUCUUAUCAACAAAUUCCGAGGCGAUGUGUCGAUCUUUGAAUCAGGAGUAAAGAUGCUGGAAGAACUCUGUAAAAUACCUGUUCUUGGAGUGAUACCUUAUUUUCGAGAUAUCCAUAUUGAAGAAGAAGAUUCAUUAACGCUGCAGACGAAAAAUUCACAAGCUACUCAUGGAAAAAUUAACAUAGUUGUGAUCUUGCUUCGUCAUCUGUCAAAUUUUACCGAUUUUCAUAUUUUGGAACGAGAUCCUCGUGUUCAUCUUUACUAUUCGAAUGAUGCGAAAGAUAUUGCACAGGCUGAUAUUAUUCUGAUACCAGGAAGUAAAAACACCAUUUCUGAUCUAUGUGAACUACGUCGAAAUGGAGUUGCGCAGAAUAUUGUAUCAGCGUAUGAGAAAGGAACAACUGUUAUGGGAAUUUGUGGAGGAUAUCAAAUGCUAGGAAGAGAAGUAUGCGAUCCACAUCAAAUCGAAGGACAAAUAGAACGUUUUGCAGGUCUUUGUUUAUUGCCGAUCACAACUGAGAUACAAAGCGAAAAAGUGACACGUCAAGUUCAAUUUACUUUCCUCGACUCAAAAGACUUAUGCAACGGUUAUGAAAUACACAUGGGCAAGACUGUUCCCAUACACGGUAUCGAAUACAAUUCUUUAAAUACUUUGACUGAUGGAACAAACGAUGGAUUCUACUUAAAUCAUAAAUGUUUUGGUACAUAUAUUCAUGGAAUAUUGGAUAACAGUGCAUUUAUUGACUUUCUGCUACGAUCACACACUACUGAAUUAGCAGAUAAACCUUUCGACUACAAAGCGUAUAAAGAAGAGCAAUACAAUAAAUUAGCUGAUCAUAUUCGUAGUCAUGUUAAUAUGAAUUUGCUUUAUGAAAUAUUGACUAAAUAA